AUGUCACAGACUCUUCGAAUCGCAGUGGAAGGAUGCUGUCAUGGUGAAUUAAAUCAAAUUUACGCUCGUAUCAAAGCUUUACCUUAUGAAAAAUGGCCUGAAUUACUUAUAAUAUGUGGUGAUUUCCAAUCAAUAAGAAAUGAAACAGAUCUCAGUGCAAUAGCUGUACCUGAUAAAUUCAAAAAACUAGGAGAUUUCCAAGAUUAUUAUAAUGGUUCUAAAAAAGCCCCAAUUCCAACAAUUUUCGUUGGUGGGAAUCAUGAAGCUUCAAAUUAUUUACAAGAAUUACCAUUUGGUGGUUGGGUAGCUGAAAAUAUUUAUUAUUUAGGUAAUUCAAAUGUCAUAUGGUUUAAAGGGUUAAGAAUUGGUUCUAUAUCAGGGAUUUAUAAAUACCAUGAUUUUUAUAAACCUCAUGAUGAAAAGUUUCCAUAUAAUGAAACUUCUAAAAGAUCUGUUUAUCAUGUUCGUUUUGAAGAUUUUUUAAAAUUAGGUUUAAUUCAAAAUUUAAAUUUAAAUUGUUUUAUAAGUCAUGAUUGGCCUGAAGGUAUAACUUCAAAAGGUGAUGAAAAAGGUUUAUUACGUGCCAAACCGUUCUUCAAGAAAGAUAUUGAAACAAAUUCUUUAGGUUCAGUCCCGGCUAAAUUGUUAUUGAAUAAAUUAAUGCCUAAUUGGUGGUUUAGUGCUCAUUUACAUGUUAAAUUUGAAGCAACUGUGGAACAUCCAUUAAAUAAUGAAUCAAAUAUUAAAAGAAAGUUGAGUAAUUCCUCAGAAGUUGAUCAUCAAAAGAAAACAAAAAUUAAUAAUGAAGAGAUUGACUUGGGAAUAGAUGAAGUGGAAGGUAAUAACGAUGAAAUAUCAUUAGAUUUAGAAGAUGAGAAACCAACUACAAAACAAUUAAAUGAAAUCAAAUUAGAUCUUGAUGAUGAUGAGAUUACAACCCCAAUAGAGCAAGAAAAAUCAUUUGCUAAAGGAUUUUCACAAACAAAUUUCUUAGCUUUAGAUAAAUGUUUACCAAGACGUCGAUUCCUUGAAUAUUUAGAAAUUCCAAUAACAAAUGAUCAUCCACAUCAUUCGGAGGCAAAUUUUUAUUAUGAUCCUGAAUUUCUAAAGAUAAAUAAAUGGUUUGAAAAUAAUUUUAGGAAAACUGAAGUAUUUAAAGAUCUUAGAAUGAGAGAUUUUAAUCAAAAUCUUAUUGAUCAAUUAUGGAAAGAUAUAAAUGAUGUGAAGAUUAAUGAUGAAAGUUUAGAAAUACCCAAGAAUUUCAAAGCUACUUUGGAAAAUCCUUCAGAACAAACAAAAUUAUUUAAAGAUAAAUUCUUAUAG